GAUUGUUCCUCAACUCCGCCAUGGCGUUGCCAUUCAAUGUUUCUCAAAAUCAUUUCUUUUCAUACGCUCAUACGACACGAUUCCGAGCACCAUGCAUCAAUAGCAGACACCCACGAAGGUUAAGCGUGAUGAAUUCGAAGAAGAGCUGUUUGAGGUGCAACACUCCAUAUCAAGACAAAGAUAACUCCGCAUCUGCUUGCUCUUUCCAUGGCCACGCCAAUGGUGAUAGAGGAUUAUUGGCAUUGGCUCCACCUCACCAAGGGAUUGAUGGUGAAUGGAGUGAUGGGUCAGGGGUAAUUGUGUACAAAUGGAAUGAGAAAAGUGAUCGACCAAAUACUGGAAGGCCAAAUUGGAAAAAGAGAUGGAGUUGUUGUGGUGUGUAUGAUGAGAAUGCACCACCUUGUCGCCAAGGUUGGCAUGUUUCCUAUGAUGACGGCUUUACUUUAUACUAAAAUUAUAUUGAGAUAAUAUGAUAUUGCAUUAUAUUAGAUUUUUAAUGUGUAUGUUAAAUGUUUUAUAUAUAGUUCAAGC